GUAAAGUGCUCCGCUCCUGUUGUUGUGUGUUGUUCGUCCAUGGCGUUCGCUUUUCGCCUCUGUUUGGCACAUGUGUGUGUGGAGAAGUGAGUGAGUGAGCAGCGGCUGCUCGGCCUCUGUUGAGGAAGUGAGAUGAUAACAUCAGACUGUUGACACUGCAGCGUGUGUCCGUGUCGUCGCUGCGUGGACUGCAAUGCCUCCUCCGCAGCGAGUGUUCGCUCUGCCGAGGCAGCAAUCUCUGCUCCUGCCUGCGGUCAUCAACCCGUUCGUGCAGGACACUAAGCUUCCCAGAGCUGCCAUAAUCAAAUGUGUCCUACUGGGAAUCUUCCUGGUCCCCAUUCGCAGCAUCCUGCUGUCCCUGGUCCUCAUGGUGACGUGGCCGGUGGCUGUCAUAACAACCUUCAGGCAUCCUCUGAAAGGCACCGUGGAGCCAAUGACAGGCUGGAGACGGUUCAUGAGUCGGAGGAUAAUGGCUGCCUUAGGGAGGGCCUACUAUUUCUGCAUGGGCUUCAGGGUGGUGGUCAAGGGCAAGCAGGUCAGCAGCAGCGAGGCUCCCAUCCUGGCUGUGGCCCCACACUCCACCUUUUUCGAUGGGAUCGUGUGCAUUGUUGCAGGCCUGCCGUCCACUGUGUCCCGCGUGGAGAACCUAGCUACACCGAUCUUUGGCAGGUUCGUGCGCUGCCUCCAACCAGUGCUGGUUUCCAGAAAAGACCCCGACUCGCGGAAGAACACAAUUCAGGAGAUUGACAGCAGAGCCAAGUCAGGAGGUCGCUGGCCUCAGGUUUUGAUAUUUCCAGAGGGAACAUGUACGAAUCGCUCGUGUCUCAUCACUUUCAAACAAGGUGCCUUUAUCCCAGGAGUCCCUGUGCAGCCUGUGAUUAUGAGGUAUCCCAACAACCUGGACACAGUCACUUGGACUUGGCAGGGUUUUAGCGCGUCGACUCUGCUGCUUCUAACACUGUGCCAGCUGUACACCACAGUGGAGAUAGAGUUCCUGCCUCCACAUAUACCCACAGAGGAGGAGAAGAAAAGCCCACCUCUGUUUGCCAGCAGAGUCCGAGAAACAAUGGCACAUGCUUUGAGGGUUCCAAUAACAGACCACACAUAUGAAGACUGCCGCCUGAUGAUCUCUGCGGGAGAGCUGACGCUGCCCAUGGAGGCUGGCCUGGUUGAGUUCACCAAAAUUAGCCGCAAACUCCAUCUGAAGUGGGACAAUUUGAGAAAAGAGCUGGACGGCUUUGCUGCCAUGGCCAGUUCCUGUAAAGGCGGACGGAUCACUAUUGAGGAGUUUGCCAAAUUCCUGAAGCUGCCCGUCAGCCCAGCCCUCGACGAGCUGUUUGCACUGUUUGACAGGAAUGGAGACGGCACUAUAGACUUCAGGGAGUACGUAAUCGGCGUGACCAUCCUGUGUCGACCAGCCAACACUGAAGAUGUGCUUCGAAUGGCUUUCAAGCUUUUUGACACAGAUGAGGAUGAGAAGAUCACCCACGAGGAGUUCACCGCUCUGCUGCGCUCCGCUCUGGGUGUUACUGACAUAAACAUGGCCAAGCUUUUCAAGGAGAUAGAUGCCGACGGCUCUGGUUUCAUCACAUUUAGUGAAUUUCAAGCCUUUGCUGUGAAUCACCCAGAGUAUGCCAAGCUCUUCACUACCUAUCUGGAGCUGCAGAGAUAUCAAGCCAUUCAGGAAGUAACCCCAGGCGAUCUGGAACUGACUGGUCAGACGUCUUCAGGGGGAAAACAGGAGGAAAGCACCUCUGACAAGAAAGAUGACUAAGUGACUGUUUUGACUGCACUGAAAGACAGCAACUCCUAACACGAUUAAGUCCUUUGCUACAGCAGAACCAUAGUCCAUGUGCUCAACAUCUACUUUCAAUUUUAGUGCCUUAUAGAGAUGUUAAAUGUCUCAUGUCUAGAUGGUACUGUUUUGACCAUUUGUUUACACGAGUGUUGUGCGUUGUGCGUCCACUGGAAAGAAAAAAAAAAAAGUGGUUUUAGUCGACUUACCAUUGCAGUCUUAAAAAGAGUUUUAAUGUGAAUAACAGUGUUUUAUAAUAUUUCAACACCAGAUUUUACCAGAUCGUCAUGGCUUAAACUGCCUCUGCAUGUUUGUGACUUGUGACACACACAGGUCUGUUGUCUCACCUUAACCUUGUAUGGACUUAGAUGAAAUUAGCCUUGUGAACCCCCGUUCUCGGUGUUUGUCGUCUUCUGUAAACAAGGGGAGAAAAAAGUGCCAACACAAAUUUCAAUUUCAGCAAAGAGUUCUGCCGCUUUGUGUUGCUGUAUAUUUCGUAGGCUUUAUUAAUAUCUACACAUGUAGAUGUUCUGUAUUUGUGCUACGUCUACCAAGAGCAUACGUGCUGUGUAUUUCACAUUUAUCCAGCACUCAGGGACACAGACCUUGUAAGGGGGCUGUAUAAUUAGCCAGAGGUUUGCUUUGCAUGUGUUUCUAUUUGCAUCCCCACAGAAGAUUGUUUUGCUGAGGCAGCAGAGCGUCCACACAGCUUUAAGUUUAUUAAAGCUAAUCAAACAUUGAAAAUGAGGGCAAUUUGUGAGCAAAAAGGCAACAGUGCUGUUUCACAACAGCGUAUUCCAGCGGGGUAUGCUUAUAGAUUAACUCGCACUACUGUUAUUUAUGUAGCAGUGGGGAUUGCAAUUAUGUGAUUCUUUCUCUUGUUUGUUAACUCUGCCAAGUUUGCUUUUUUAAAAUAAAACAAGAAAGCAAUUUUAA